CGGUACGCGGCCUUCCUAUGUGCAAACUUCAUAACUGAGCGUACCGGGCGAGAGUCAUUCGACGUUGAAUAACGGAACCGAGCAGACGUGCGUGUAAAAAGCUGCGUAUACGGGUGUAAGAUUCACGAUAGAAAAGUAUUUACGCACGAAUCAGCUGUUAAUCAACGCAAGAGCAACAUUCGCGCACAUUCCCUUUGUAGAGUGGCCCGAGAAAACGCAAACAAAACAGCGUACAGUAACGCUUCGUAACGCUUUGCCGGUGACUUGUAUGAUCGCGAUCGCGUAAAAUCUUGCCAACAGUGGAGGGAGGCAAUUGUAGUUUGCGAGUGGGGUCAAUUGUAACGCAUCGAAACGCGAACACGGAGGCACAGCCGUCCAGCCGAUGGAAAAGCAGUCGCAGAAGUAAAAGUAGUGUGGCGUGCAAUAGAUGUGGCUGUGGAAAAGUGUACGCUUAGCUGAAGUGCCACCGAAAAAAAAAGUGUAAAAGCAAAAGAAAAAAAAACCCCAGAGGGUGGAAGGUAACCGAAAGCGGUCAGUGUUGCUUGGUGUGUAAAGUGAAUUAUAAUCUAAAACCUGUGCAUAGAGCUCGUGUGCGUGCGUGUGUGUUUGAAAGUGUGAAAAGCGAAUGGAAAUAGAAGAAGUGUAAGAAAAGAUGGAAAAGAGUGUGUGAAAGAAGUGUGAAGGGAAAGCACACAAGAAGAAGGGAAAGAAGGCACAAAAAGCAAUAGUACCAACGGGUAACAGUUGGUAAGAAGUUGUUGAAGCAAAGUGAAAGCAAAUGAUGGCAUGAGCUGAAGUUAGAUCGCACGUAGAAGGGUAAUUUGAAAACGCAGCAAACACUAAACCGCAACAAGCGAGAGAGAGAGAGAAAGAGGUGACGAGAAAGAAAAAGAGACGGAGCAAAUAAUUGAACAGCCUUCCCAUGUGCAACGUUAAACUAACAACACAAAAAUCAACGAACCACGAAGACUGAACUUGGAACGGUUGAAGCCAUGUGCGCCAUGCGUUCGAACAGCCACAUCAGUACUGCUCGACAAAACCGGUGCUCUGCCUCAGUGACAUUCAUUUGACCAGUCUGGUACAGUACCAGUAACAAACGUAAGGGUCAUGCCGGCAUUGCGUCUGUUUGGCCGGAAAUGGUUAGCCGCCUCGGACGACCUCGUGUUUCCGUGCGUGUUCGAAAUCUGCUUCCGGAUCGUAUGGCUCGGGCUGAUUUCCUGCGUAACGUCCACCUACUGGAACGUGACCGAGGAGUGCGGUGAGGAUGCACUCCCGGUACGGAUCUAUCUGGUAGGGACCAUAGUGUUAAUUAGUGUAAAUAUAGUUCUACUCGUCAUCUUAGUCAACCGCAGCGCCCAGGGCAGCAUCACCGAGGUGCAUAAGCGCCGGCUGGUCGCACCACUGCUGGUAAUAAAAAUACUAUUAAUACUACCGGAAACGGGCCUAAAUGUGCUGGGCACCAUGUGGGCGUUCUGUGGAACGUUUGAGUGUAAAAGCAACGAUAAAGUAUCCCGAACUGUGAUCGAAGCAAUCGUCCUAUUCAACUGGGUAGUGUUUGCGCUGAUAAUAUUCGGCCUGGCCAUCGUAUUCGAUCCACUCGGGUCGGCCAAAUACAAGAAUGGCCGGGAUACGAACGACAACGGUCCGACAGAGUCAGCCAUCCAUCGGAAGGUAUCGAAGCUGUGGUUCCGACGGUUUCGGUGGGCCUUCUGCUGCCUGCGACGAGACGAGUUUGGGCACGAAGCAUUCACACAGGUCGCCAGUCUGCUGAGCGCUCUGUUCCGCGGUACCGAUCUCGUCCCGUCGGACAUUGUGGCCGGUUGCGUGUUGUUGCGUGUUCGGCAGAAGCGUGAAACGCGUGAAAUGCGCCGAAUACGCAUGCUGAACGACGAUGGGCCACGCUACUCGACCGACAUUACGCGCGUCUUUGCCACCUCACCCGCCUGGAUGACGAUCAAGAAUGCGCGACAUUUCCUGCGCUUUGCGCUCGCUGCGUACGGUUGGCCGAUGGUAUGCUAUCUGAACUGCUGCACCGGCCCUUAUCGACUAAUACCGAAGAUGACGUGCUGUGCGUGCUUCCGGCGAAAACCCCAGAUUAUAAUCGAUGACAACUGCUGCCUAUGUCAUCUGGCCGGUGUACGGCAUACGUCCCGCCUGCGAAGUGAAGAUGUACUGCAUGCUUCGUUCAAAAACCACGUAUUUGAGUUACCAUUCUGCAUAAUGGCGGACCACAGUACGAAAAGCAUCGUCAUCGCUAUCCGGGGCAGCCUUUCGAUGCGGGACGUGUUCACGGAUCUGGUCGCUAAUGCGGAACGCUUUGACGCACCCGGCAUGCCACCCGACACAUCCGCCCAUCGCGGAAUGGUGGCCGGUGUGGACUGUAUGCUGAAGCGGUUGCGCGAGGGCAACAUACUGGAACGGAUCUGUGCCACCUACCCGGACUACACGCUUGUGCUGACCGGCCACAGUCUGGGGGCAGGCGUUUCGAUCCUGCUAGCGGCCAAACUGCGCAGCCGCUUUCCAGAUCUGCGCGUGUACGCGUUCGCCACACCGGCGGGACUGUUGAGCCGCGAAGCCGCCCGCUUUACGGAGAGUUUCGCCUUCACGAUAGGUGUGGGGGAUGAUUUCGUGAUGCGGCUCGGUGUAGAUUCGAUCGAGAAUUUGCGCACGAGCGUCAUCGAGACGAUAAGGGCGUGCAAGCUGCCAAAGUGGCGCAUCAUGUUGAACGGCUUCGGGUACGCCCUGUUCGGAGUGCCAUCGAGGGAUCUGGAAACGACCUGGCACGAUGUGACGGAAAUUACGAAAAAAGCCGCCGCCCAAAGUCCACUGCUUUCCGGUGAACGACCGAUUCAAACGGUCGCCACUGCGGAGGGCGGUUUACUAUCAAGUGAAAUAUCUUUGCGGCGCUUUGCCAAAACGCGCCUCUACACCGGUGGCCGUAUACUGCAUAUCGUACGCCGAAAGAAAACGGAACUGGAAAAGAAAUCGAACAGCGGUGGUCCAAUGUACGAGAUGCGAUGGGCAACGGCGGAAGACUUCACCGAGCUGAAGGUGAUGCCACGCAUGCUGCUGGACCAUCUGCCCGAUAACGUUUUCAAAACGCUCACCACCAUCCUGGAGGAUCAGAAAACGCACAACGGUUCCGUGCUGUCGUUGCAGGAAAUAUGAACGCCCCACGGUUUCGCCGUUCCGCAGCGAAACGUGCGCAGAUUGGAAAUUGGAAAACAAAAGUGCCUUAUGUAAAAUUGAUCUUGCCUAAAAGUCGGUUGUUUUGGCGUCUGUACAAACGGAGCGAACAAUCACACACACACGCACACGUACACCCGGGAUCAUCAUAUCCAUAUUCCACAUGUAUUGCCGGUGUUGUUAGUGGACGGGUUUCGCUUUCGCCACAAACAUUCCGGUACACUUCCGCGUUUUGACGGUCAGCGCGAAAGGGGAACCUUACGUAUGAAACCACCUAAGAUGAUAUUACUAUUACACCCGUCCUCAUGCCCAUGUCCUAAACUAAGUUGACUAUAAGCGUAUGACAAAGAGCAUUCCAGCGAGAAUAGCAGCCAAAUUGAAACACAUUCCCCAUUUUAUUAAAAUGUAUUAUAGUUCCAUUGUGUUUGUUUAAGUUGGUAUGUCGGAUUCCAUCUGUCCAUCCAUUCCAGACGCAGAUGAACCGGCCAGGUACAUUUACUAGCUAGCACCAUGCUGAUAGUGAUUUUUCUUUUGUGUAAGAUAUAAGCAAAAUCAAGCGGAGUGAUCUUCCACCACGUAGCGUUAUGUCGUUCUUUUUUCUGUUUUUAUGAUUGGAAAAAAUGGUAAAAAAAAAUGUAAAGUGGAACCCCCUAUACCAUCACCAAAAACCAAACCACCAAACUCACGCAUGUUUUCGGUUGUGAUAAAAGCGCAGCAAUGUUAGAUAAAUUAUGAGAUGAAAAACAAAACAGCAAAACACACGGAAGGCAAAUUGCGAACUGUGUUUUUCUUGUUCCCUAAGAGCGCGAAAUAUUUAUUAACUUAUGAUGGUUUGGUUGUUUGUAGAAGAUGUUUCAUUCCUUUUCCUUUUUUUUUUUUUUGGUUAUAAAUAAUUUUCGAACGUCCGGAGCUGUGUCUGUUAGGUUUAUCACGUUUCGAAACUGAAAGACAAAGGUUAAUUAGCAAUAAUGAAUACCGGAUUACGAGACCGUCCUCUGUGUGAGUGUAUGUAGUUUUUUUUAAUAUACAGAUAAAUACCUUCUCUUGUGUA